GAUAGCCGUAUUCAGUUGGUUGAACGGACUGAGGAUAAGAAUGAUUGGUGGACGGGGAGACUUAAUGGUGUGGAAAUUAUGUUUAAGAACUUUAAACAAAGCAAACAAAUAUCUGGUGUUUUGGAACAUAUAGACAACGAUUACCAACUAAAAACUGCAGCUAUCAUAAAAAAUAGAAAUUCG